AAACCUUGUUCUCAAAUUGCGGUUUUCAAGCCACCCCUUCUCCAAGUUAUCCUCAUUCUUCCACUAAAACCAUACUCUCACGAAGAAAAACCAUAUCAUACAUAAAAAAUUGAAAGGAAAUUCAGCAAAGUUUAGCUAACCACGUGUCUUCACUGUCUUGUAAUUCCCAUGAAUCGAAGUCUUCUAUAAUGGUUAGGUGUUGAAGUUUAUUAGUCUUUGAGGUUUAUCUGCUGUUGUUGAAAGUGUUGGGAUACAAGUGCCAAGCAGUUGUUUCUAGCUGAUGCCGUCAUCAUAUUAUGGACUCAAACCAGUUUUUCAGAGUGACUAGUUCAGCAGGAAUCCCUUACACAUCAUCUUAUCUUCCUAUUUCUCCAAUACCAAACCGGUUCCUUGGAUCCUCGAAACUUGACAUAGGAAACUCACCUAAUUCGUCACUUUUUACUCAUUUUGAUUCUGAGACUAUCUCUUCUGCACUGAGUGACAGCCAGGAACAGCACAGCUCCGGGGAAAUUCACUCUGGUAGCAACCCUUCUUGUAACUCUUUUCAGGAUAGCAAACAUUUUUUGCAAGACAGUGUGCAUCUAUCUGCUAGGAGCUUUCUGGGGCAUGAUGCAAGCUAUGCCCAUGAAAACAGACAUUCAUUUCUGGAACUAGAAACUGUUCUAAUGGCACCUGAUGGAGAUGAUCAAGUCACCACAUCAAACACAUCUGGCCAAAGAAAUAGGUUCUGUAGCCAUGAGUGCCAGUCAAGUGAGGUAGCAUAUGUAGAGAAGCAUCACAAAUCAAUGGAGGAAGCGUCAAUAGAAAGAUUCCCAUCAAGCAAUUUGAAACAACUGCUGAUUGUGUGUGCCAAAGCAUUGUCUGACAACAACAUGAAAGAUUUUGCUCAACUGAUAGAAAAGGGUAAAAGUGUUGUGUCUAUAACUGGGGAGCCAAUCCAACGGCUCGGUGCUUAUUUGGUAGAAGGGCUUGUUGCAAGGAAAGAGGCAUCAGGGAAUAACAUCUACCGUGCCCUUAGGUGCGGAGAGCCUGAGGGCAAAGACUUGCUCUCUUACAUGCAAAUGCUCUAUGAAAUCUGCCCCUACUUAAAAUUUGGUUACAUGGCUGCCAAUGGAGCUAUUGCUGAAGCUUGUAGGGAUGAGGACUUCAUUCACAUCAUAGACUUUCAGAUUGGUCAGGGAAUUCAAUGGAUGACCCUUCUUCAAGCUCUUGCAGCAAGACCUGGUGGAGCUCCACAUGUCCGAAUCACUGGGAUUGAUGAUCCUGUUUCAAAAUAUGCUCGUGGUGGUGGACUAGAAGCAGUUGGAAAAAGAUUGGCUGUGAUCUCUCAGACAUAUAACAUCCCAGUUGAGUUCCAUGGUGUGCCUGUUUUAGCUCCAAAUGUGACAAGAAACAUGCUUGAUAUUAGGCCUGGUGAGGCUUUGGCUGUGAACUUUCCCUUGCAACUCCAUCACACUGCUGAUGAGAGUGUUGAUGUAAGUAAUCCAAGAGAUGGACUUCUGAGAUUGGUGAAAUCACUUUCUCCCAAGGUAACUACAUUGGUGGAGCAAGAGUCAAACACAAAUACCACUCCUUUCUUCAACAGGUUUGUAGAAACCUUGGAUUAUUACUUGGCAAUAUUUGAGUCCAUUGAUGUGUCUCUUUCAAGAAAGACCAAGGAAAGGAUUAAUGUGGAGCAACACUGUUUGGCUCGAGAUAUUGUCAACAUUAUUGCUUGUGAAGGGAAGGAAAGGGUAGAGAGACAUGAACUGCUAGGCAAGUGGAAGUCUAGGUUGACAAUGGCUGGCUUUCGCCAAUACCCUCUGAGUUCUUAUGUUAAUUCUGUCAUAAGAAGCUUGCUGAGAUGCUAUUCAGAACAUUAUAAUCUUGUGGAGAAGGACGGGGCCAUGUUGUUGGGAUGGAAGAACAGAAAUUUGAUAUCAGCUUCAGCCUGGUAUUGAUCAUACACACAGGAAAAAAUGAAGUGGUAGAAAUAUGUUGCUGACUAAGGUUUAUGUUAAUUUUCAGGGUCAUGUGUCCCUCAUCAUCGUUUCAAAGGUCACUGUUCCUUAAAUUUGUCUAUUGAGUUUCAUGUCAUAGUGAUGCAGAUUACUGUAUACCAAUUCUUUUAUCAAAUGUUUAGUUAUGUACACUAUUUUGGUCUAGAAAUAUUGUAGUUGUAGCUGAGACUUAUAAUCCUCAGUGUCCAAUAAAAAUUACAUGAAUUCACCAUAAGUUUCCAACAGAGUGAUUUACUACAUUCUUAUGGGAUACAAUUUG